AUGGUUGAUUCUGUUGCAACAAUUGCACUUGAAACACUUCGGGACAUAUUGAUUGAGGAAGCAAAAUUUCUAUCGAGUGUGGGCGGUGAGGUUGAGGAAGUCCGUAAGCAGCUCAACAUCAUGCACUGUUUCUUGAAGGAUGCUGAUAGGAGGCAAGAUCGGUACAAUUCACAGACAGUCCAGAAUUGGAUCGCUGAACUUCGCCAUUUGUCCAUUCAAGCUAAGAAUGUGCUAGAAAGAUAUGUCAUUGAAGUGGUGUCCAAAAGAAAAGGAAAAAGCCUUAAAAUGGUUCUCAAAAGAUUCACUUGUAUAUUGAGUGAGUGGUCAAGAAUGCAGCAAAUCGAAGAAGACAUUAAAGAUAUCAAGUCUCGUAUGUCCGACCUCACCAAACAGUCGGAGUCUAUGAGUGUAGGAGACAACUCAUCAAGAUUGGUAGAUGAUACCGAUAGGUCAAGAAGAACGUAUGGGCAUGAGGUUGAAAAAUAUUUUGUAGGAAUGAAGGAGGAUAUUAAACAGUUGGAAUCAGUUCUGACAACUGAUGACAAAUCAAAUGGAGUGAUUUCCAUAUGUAGCAUGGGAGGAUUGAGAAAGACCACUCUUGCUACUAAAAUUUACAAUGGGGAGGCCGUGGAGCGGUGCUUCAAAUAUCGUGCUUGGGUUUGUGUAAGUCAGCAAUUUCAACCCAAAACUACUUUCCAACGACUAUUAAAGCAACUUCUUCCGAAUGAAAGUGACGAGCAAGAUGAAAAUACAUUGGUCAGAAAGUUGUACCAAGUACAAAGAGACAGAAAAUGUCUCCUAGUUUUGGAUGACAUUUGGGAAGUUGAGCACUGGAAUUGCUUAAGGCGUACCUUUCCCAUUGCAGAGGCAGAUAGCAAAGUUUUGCUCACAAUCAGAAAUCAAAACAUUGCUUCCAGAGGAUACGUCCACAAUCUCAAGUGUUUGGAUGAAGAUGAAGGAUGGGAGCUCCUUCAAAAGAUAGCAUUCCCGAACAACUAUUCACAAGAAUUGCAGCUUGUGGAUACAAGGAUUGAGGAAGACCCAAUGAAAAUACUAGAGAAGCUUCCCAUGUUAAGAGUUCUUGGCUUAAGGCGCAAUCCAUAUGUGGGCAGAGAGAUGGUUUGUGAGGCAACUGGAUUUCCUCAACUCAGAGAGCUUUCCUUGAAUGAUUUGCGGAAUUUAGUAGAGUGGAGAGUGGAGAAAGGAUUAAUGCCCAAUCUCUCUCAUCUAGUUAUUGCAAAAUGUAGUAAAUUGAAGAUGAUUCCUGAUGGAUUGGAAUUCAUUAAUACUCUAAAAACACUGAUUAUAAUUAUUCCAGAGGAGUUCGUGAAGAGGGUAGGAGGGGUGGAUGGUGAAGGAGAAGAUUAUCACAAAAUCAAACACAUACCUUUUAUUGACAUUUAUUAUUACGACUAA